CGCGGGCCGCGCCGGGGCCGCCACCUGACUGCGGGGCGCGGGGAGCGGGCGGGGCGGCCCCGGCCCUCGGCGGGGGCGGCUUCCCUCCGCACCGAAGUUUCCCCGACUUGUGCAAAGAGAGAGGCAGGUCCCGCCGCGGCGCGGGGUGGGAGAAGCAUCGCGGCGGAGGAGGAGCGGAUCGGCGCGGGCGUGGAAGAGAGGUGGGCAAGGAGCGAUGACCUUUGCGAGGAGCCGGCGAGGGAGCGGGCCAGAGGCAGAGCGAGCGGCGGCGCGGGGGGAUGCUUGCUGAGACCCGGAGGAGAGCCGCCCCGUAAUGUCACCAUGAUGUCUCAUGGAAGUGAAAUGUGGUGCUAUCACUGGAAAUGGAAGCUGCAUCACUGUCUCUGCUUGUUUACCACAUAUAUUAUAUGCAUGCAGCAAGCAGCUCAUGGAUGCUAUGACUGUAGGACUGUGCUAACUGACCCCUCUGGAGUUUUCACUUCGCCAUGCUUCCCCAGUGACUAUCCCAACAGCCAAGCGUGCAAGUGGAUCAUCCGAGCACCUCAUGGAUUUAUCAUACAGCUAACAUUUAUUGAUUUCGACAUUGAAGAAGCUCCGGGCUGCAUUUAUGAUUCACUGACAUUAGACAAUGGAGAAAGCCCAAUGAACCUUUGUGGCAUCACUGCCAAAGGAUUAUCCUAUAAUUCUAUCGGAAAUGAAAUGAUUGUGUCAUUUAAAAGUGACUUCAGUAUCCAAAAGAAAGGUUUUAAUGCCAGCUAUGUAAGAAUUGCCGUGUCUCUGAGGAAUCAGAAAGUCAUCAUUCCCCAGGUUCCUGACAUCGAUGCUGUGUCUGUGGCAGAGACCGUCUUGGUGCCAGAGCUUAGACAGUUUACACUGUGCUUUGAGGCAACCAAGGGCAACAGCGACGACAACGACGACUGGAAGGUUUUCUCCUACACUGAUGCAUUGUUGAGAGAGCUCUUCAGCUUUGGGAAGACCACAAAAGGCCAUUUUCUGUCCAUCUUAGGCACACAGUGCAUCCUUAAGAAAGCAUUGCCCCGAAAUGCAGAGUUUUUCACAGGAACCUUUCAACAGCUCUGUGUUGUAUGGGACAGCUUCUCGGGCACUAUACGUGUGUAUGCCAAAAGCACCUAUCAUGUGGUGGACUGUCCAGAGAUCUCUGGCAAAGUUAUCCCUGGAAAUGGGAGGCUGGUGCUGGGCUCUAACAGCAAUGAAGUGAGCUCUCUAAAUGGGGACAUUUACAACUUCCGCCUCUGGAAUUUCACCAUGAAUGCGCAAACACUGGCCAACCUCAGCUGCGAUGUGAAAGGAAACAUUGUAGACUGGGAAAAUGAAUUCUGGAGUAUUCCAACUUCAGCACUGAAAGCAGAAAACAAUUUGAGUUGUGGCUCAUAUCUAAUUCCCUCUUCUUCAAUUGAACCAACCAGUUGUGCAAACCUAGGAAGCCUUUGCCAAGGUGGGCUAUUCUACAGGAUAUCUAUAGUUGUCUCUAGUUCCAACCCCAACUCAGUGUCGAAAGUACAUGAUGUCGUUGCAGAAUGGCUGAACCGUACUUUCCAGAACUGGAAUUACACUGUGUAUGUUGUCAAUAUCAGCAUCCACCCUGCCUCCAUAAAAGAGGGAACAAGACAAAAAAGAAGUAUUAAAAGUUUUAGUGCUUUGGCUCUCCUGGUUUAUAAUUCUACCAACAACAUCAAUUUAGAAGAGGAAGACAUCCGACAGAAGCUCAUAAGUAAUAAUCGAACCAUGGAAGAGGGAUAUCAACUUCAUACUGUGGAUGUUGAUCCAGUGGAAAAAUGUUUAGCUGAAGAAAACCCUCCAAACUAUUUUUGGCCAGAUACCAGGCCUACUGUGACCAACUUCACAUUUUGCCACGGGAGCUCAGUUCAGACUGCAUCAAGAACCUGCUAUUUGGGUCUGCAGAAUUAUACGUCAUACUGGGGUCAACCUGAUCUUAGAAAUUGCACAGAAAAUGCAGCAGAUAUUGCCAAUCAGCUUCUGAAUCUCACUGGUGAGGGGCAGCAGCUGACCUCAGACAAAGUAAAUGAUGUUGUGCAGAAGCUCAAAAAAAUUGUGAACGAUGAAGAAAUCGAUGAAUCUCUGGGUUCUACUGUGGUGACAAUUUUUUCCAAUAUUCUAGCCAGUUCAGACAGUGUAUUGGCAGCCUCAUCUUCAGAAGCUCUAAAAACUAUUGAUGCCUUGGCUUUAAAGAUCCAUUUUGCUGGACCAUCCAUGAGUAUUUCAACACGAAAUCUUGCACUUGGAGUGUCUUCUAUAAAUUCAACUUCAUUCAAAGGUGGUACUUUCAGCGUCAGUCCACAGAAUAAUGCAUCUGAUUUCCAGAUAGAUUUUGACAAGGAUCAGACAAGUGCCAUCGCUUCUGUUGUUCUGCCACCAAGUUUACUGAAGAAUUUAAGUCAAGAUGAGUUUGAAGUUAUAUCCAGGGCUCAGUUUACUUUCUUCAAUAAAAAUGGUCUUUUUCAGGAUGCAGAAAAUCCUGCCAAUUUGACCAGCUUCGUGGUAGCAUGCAGUAUUGGAAACUUAACCAUUCAGGAUCUUCAGGAUUAUGUGAAGAUUACAAUCAAGCAUACCAAAAUUCAGGAAGAUCCUAAACCUACCUGUGUCUUCUGGGAUAUGAGCAAAAAUGGUGGCAGUGGUGGCUGGAACCCUGCAGGCUGCCAGGUGGAUGCAGAGUCCAAUGAAAAUGAAACUGUGUGCUUAUGCAACCACCUCACACAUUUUGGGGUCCUAAUGGACCUUCAGAGAACCGUGACGCAAAUCGACCCGCAGAACACCAAGGUCCUGACCUUUAUCACUUACAUAGGCUGUGGAAUAUCUGCUAUAUUUUCAGCUGCAACUCUCCUGACAUACAUUGCGUUUGAGAAGCUACGAAGAGAUUAUCCAUCCAAAAUCCUGAUGAAUCUGAGCACAGCCCUGCUCUUUCUUAACCUGAUUUUUUUGCUUGAUGGCUGGAUUGCAUCCUUUGACAUUGAUGGCCUCUGCAUAGCUGUGGCUGCACUUUUGCACUUUUUUCUUCUGGCCACCUUUACAUGGAUGGGACUGGAAGCUGUUCACAUGUACAUUGCUCUAGUGAAGGUGUUCAACACGUAUAUACGGCGAUACAUACUGAAGUUUUGCAUCAUUGGUUGGGGUUUGCCAGCUCUGGUGAUAGCAAUUGUUUUCGCAAGUACUAAUACAAAUGCAAGUCAUGUUUAUGGCAAACAAUUAUAUGGCAGAGAUGCAAAUGGGCAAGGAGGAGAUGACCUCUGCUGGAUCAAGAACGAAGUUGUCUUUUACGUGACAUGUGCCGGCUACUUUGGAAUCAUGUUUCUAAUGAAUGUCGCCAUGUUUAUUGUGGUGAUGGUGCAAAUCUGCGGGAGGAAUGGGAAAAGAACCAACCGGAGCCUGAAGGAAGAGAUCCUGAGGAACCUCCGCAGCGUGGUCAGCCUGACCUUCCUCCUGGGCAUGACAUGGGGCUUUGCCUUUUUUGCCUGGGGUCCCUUAACUCUUGCUUUCCUGUACCUAUUCUCAAUUUUCAAUUCAUUGCAAGGUUUGUUUAUAUUUGUAUUCCAUUGUGCUAUGAAAGAAAAUGUGCAGAAACAGUGGAGGAGACAUCUCUGUUGUGGCAGAUUCCGACUGGCAGACAAUUCAGAUUGGAGCAAAACAGCAACCAAUAUUAUAAAGAAGAGUUCCGAUAAUCUUGGGAAAUCCUUAUCCUCUAGUUCCAUCGGCUCCAAUUCAACCUACCUAACAUCCAAAUCAAAAUCUACGACGAAUACGUAUUGCAAACGAAACAGCCAUACAGAGAAUGUUUUUCUUGACAAGCCAUCUUCAAAAUUUGCCCAAGAGGAUGGAGAACAGACAUCAAUCAUCCCUGUCCACCAGGUUAUUGACAAAGUCAAAGGAUACUGCAAUCCUCACUCCGACAGCUUCUAUAAAAAUAUCAUCAUGUCCGACACAUUCAGUCGCAGCACAAAGUUCUAGCUGGGUUUCUGAUUUGCUGGUUUUUUUAAUCAAAGGAAUACAAAAUGUCUGCCUGGAUUUGAGAAUAUUGAAUGUCAUAGAAUGUGACUUGUUCUGUUAUCUUUUCCCAGUUUAUAGGGUUUCCUGCAAACAGCUUCCACUUAAGGACUGAUUUUUUUAAGUUUUUACUGUUGUUGAAAAUGACAGGUUUUUACCAUGGUAUUAAGCUUUUUUUAAAUGUGUGCCAGCCAGCAUGAUGCCUGGACAGCUAAUUAUAAUCUUAUAAGACUGAAGAGCCACAAGCCUAACUUUAAAAAAUAUAAUCCAAACAGAAGCAAGUCUUGACUCCUGGAGAAAAUAGCAGACAUGUCAUGCAGUACAGGCGAGCUUUUAUUGAACAGUUUGCUGAUGGUCUUUUUGUUUUGAAAAAUAUGGAUUUUCCCUAUGGCACUUGUUAGAGUCUUGCUUCUUGAAUGUCUAGUGCUUUUUAUUCAUAAGUGAACAAAACCCUACCACCACUUAAAGGGUUAUUUUAAACCAUUUUUGCCUAAAUAUACCUGAUCAUACAAACCUUACUCACCAAAACAGCAUAUGCUGUAAAUGCAGGCAAAUUUGUAUCCAUAUAUAGAAAAACAGUUUACACAGAGUUGUAUUUCAGCAUUUAUUGAUUGGUAUGUAUGAAAUGCAGUGUCUUCCACCUCAAGUCUAUGUUUAAUGUUCUUUUUUCACAAAACAAAAUAACAAAAAGGCAUUCAACUAUAUAUAGAUAUAUUUAUAUAUACCUAGAACUCUCUCUACACGUAUUUUUAUAAUAAUACACACAGUAAGUAUGACAACAUAUACCAGAGACAAUCUAAAAACUACGGACGGUGCUAAAAUUGAAGUUUAAAUAUUUAAAUGCAAGAUGAAUUCUUUGUAAACCCAUGAGUUAGUCAGUCUCUGUACUUCACAUAUACUGUAUGUCUAGACACCUCCAUCAGAUGGCAUUGCAACAUUAGGAUAACUGGAACAUGUUUACCAAAAAUAAAUAAACAACAUCUUUCUGGGCACGUAACAUUAUCAGUAUCCCUUUGUUGCCCUGUUGGAUGACAUGAUUGAGGUUGUUGGAUGCACAGAGUUUAAAUGUUCAGGCGAUAUUAAGGAAUUUCACAGUGUUAUACUGUGUCCAUAAUGACAUUGAGGGGUGUGGGGGUGGGUGUGUGCAGAGAACAGACAAGAGCAUAAAAUGCUUAUUUGUUUUAAUCUGUAUAAAUGUGUGACAUAUUAGCAAGUGACCUUGAGUGCCAAAAGGGCAUCUCUCCUCAUGAACUGUGUUUCACCCCAUGACAAGCUUUAUAAAAAUUGUAGCUGCACGUGUUUCUGAAGGCAUGUGCUGAAACAUAAAAGGUUUUUUCAAGUAUCGCAUUCUGAGGAAAAUGUAUCCUAAUGGAGGUUUUAAUUUUUAGAAUUAUCCCUUUUUUAACCAAAAUAUUUUUAGCCACAUAUUUAAUUAUUUGAAUUCAGAGAGCAUAAAGUUGUACUGAAAUUUUUCAGCUGCCAGGCAGGUGGACGCUCAGUGAUUAGGGAUGUGGGUUUGUGCUUUCUCUGCUCUUUGCACGUGCUUUUGUGUGCAGAGAUCAUUUAAUGCUGUGACCGCACAAACGGCACAUUUCCCCUGGCUGCAAACACCUGGUGGGAGGAGGAUGUCCCAAUGAGGUUCCACCCAGGAACACUGCUGGCACUACACAGACCUGAGCAAAACCUCAGUCUCAUAACUGCAAACACAUUUGUGGUGUAUGAAUGGAAGUCAGCCCCAUUCACUCAAACUGUAAUUAAUAACAGGGAAGAGUGUUGUCAGAUAUCUUUAAUAUUUGAAAUUAUUUACGGAGAGAUUAUGUACAAGCAUUUACUGAACUUAUAUUUUAUCUUCCCACUUGCUUAACUACUGUAGGUAAUAGUGUUCACAUAGCAGCUUACUGUGAGAUUUCUACCUGAUUAAGAUGUUCAAAAAUGAAGAGGAGAAGCAAACAUUCAUGAAAAAAAUGAGGAAUCAAUAAAACAUAACAGAUGAAAAAUAUAUAAAUAAAAAACCCCUCAGUAUCCUGAAUAAAUCUGAGCUAUAACCUAUCAGUUUAAUGUACAUCUACCUGUAUUUUUGCUGAAUUAAGAUUUUUUUCUUUUUUUACUACCAUGUAGUAAUCUUAAACUGUCUGUGUCACUUAGCUGCUCUUGAAUGCUCUCAAUUCUACAAUGUAAAGCUUUCUGUUUUGUAGUUGACAUGCUGUAACCUCCUUGUACAUAUUUAUUUAUUUGUGAGGUUAAAUAUGUCAAAUAUACGUAGCACUAUAAUGACUGUUCUUGUUACUUUAAUGCUAAGUUUCUGCUUCAUCAUAGAAGAAGAGGGAAAGAAUAAUUUCUUAUAUGUUUUUUCUAAAUACCUUGUGAAACAGUUUACUGUAGCUCUAUCUUUUGCAACUUUGAGGAAACUUGUCAGUGUAAUUUGUGAUACUAGUCAGUGAAAUAUAGUGUAACAGGUUUGAAGAUGGACUAAAAUGGAAAGAAAUCUUUUCAAGUAAACAUUUUUUAUGUUAGUGUUCCAAAUAAUUAAAGUCUUUUAAUAGUGAA